AUGGCGAAUGCACGUUGCAAUAUCACCAUCGAGAAGUAUCAGAUCCCCCGUUAUGCACAUGUUCCAAAUACUUCCCUGCACGGCAUCCCGGUCAUACACUACAAGUACGCUUUCCCAAAGCCAACUGACGCAGACAAGAUCGAGGAUGUUCUACGCAUAAAUUCCUGGACACCAUCAUGGCGGUACACCAUGUACACAGACUCACAUUUCCACAGCACCACCCACGAAGCUCUGGCUGUGAUUUCCGGUGCCGCGAAGAUUUUGAUCGGUGGUGAUGAUAAUCCAGACGCUGUUACAAUCACAGCAAAUACUGGCGAUGCGAUGUUUAUGCCUGCUGGAGUGGCACAUCGUUUGCUAAAGGAUAUUGGGGGGAGAGGGUGGGGUGCCGGGGAAGGGUUUACGAUGAUCGGUGCCUAUCCUGUCGGUGGAGAAGAAUGGGAUAUGUGCUAUGGGAGGGGAGGGGAGGAAGGAAUCGAGGAGAAAGUUAAGAAAACUGCAGGGUUGGAGGUUGAGGAUCCGGUACUAGGUGGGGAUUUGGGGGGAGAAGAUUGA